AUGCCUGGGCUACCAGCUAGUAUCGACCUAGACGAGUGUAUCGAGAGGCUCUAUAGGAAAGAGCUGCUGGCGGACUCGGUGAUCGAGGCAAUAUGUGCCAAAGCGAAGGAAUUGUUAAUGAAAGAGAGCAAUGUGGUCCACAUUGCGGCACCGGUCACGGUGGUCGGAGAUAUCCACGGCCAGUUCUUCGAUAUGAUCGAGAUCUUUAAGAUCGGUGGAUUCUGUCCGAACACCAAUUACUUGUUUCUGGGUACGUCGACCGUGUUUGUCUCGUCUAUCUCUCCUCCCGCAGGGCGGGUGUGCGAUUACGUCGAUCGCGGGCUCUUCAGCGUUGAAACGAUCUCCCUCCUCAUCUGCCUCAAGCUCCGAUACCCGCACCGCGUGCACCUGAUCCGCGGUAACCACGAGUCCCGCGGCGUCACGCAAUCCUACGGCUUCUACACGGAAUGUGCGCGCAAAUACGGCAACGCCAACGUCUGGCACUACUUCACCGACAUGUUCGACUUCCUGACGCUCAGCGUCGUCAUCAACGACCAGAUCUUCUGCGUCCACGGCGGCCUCUCCCCCUCGAUCCACUCCAUCGACCAGAUCAAAAUCAUCGACCGCUUCCGCGAAAUCCCUCACGAAGGCCCCAUGGCCGAUCUCGUCUGGUCCGACCCGGACACUGAACGCGAUGAGUUCUCCCUCUCUCCCCGAGGCGCCGGGUAUACCUUCGGCGCGCAGGUCGUGCGCAAGUUCCUCGAGGUCAACAGCAUGUCGCAUAUCUUGCGCGCCCACCAGCUCUGUCAGGAGGGGUACCAGGUCCUGUACGAUGACCGGCUGAGUACCGUCUGGAGUGCCCCCAACUACUGCUACCGAUGCGGUAACCUCGCCAGUGUCCUGGAAGUGAGUGAUACGGGCGAGCGGUUCUUUAAUAUCUUCGACGCCGCUCCCGAGAACGAUAUCCAUCGGGGAGAGCAACAGGCGCAGCAGAACAAGGACGGUCAGAGCCCCGUGAUCGAUUACUUUUUGUGA